AUGUCGCCUGCUGGUCGUGACGGUGUGCAAGUUUGGACGACGCUCGAUGUGAAUACCGUAUUUACGAACUACAAAAUCGAAUCUCACAACAACAACGAAAUCACCGUCGAAGUAUCGGCGGAAAGCCUUGCGCGUGUGCUCCGUUCGGCAGUAGGAGCCCUAGAAGUGAUGCUGCGGUUGGGGAAGCGCGACCGCGAACCAUUGCUCAGCUGGAGCAUAGCGAUGACCAGUCAGAACGGUACGCGUCUGGACGUCGUCCAAGAACUGGUCGUGCGUAUUCUCCGAGCGUCAGAAUUGGCCCUUAUCGUUGAGCCAAUGUGUCCCACACCUGAUGUGUAUAUUGUCAUGCCGCCGUUGUCGGAAAUGCAUGCAAUGAGUGAACUAAUGCGCACACUGUCCUCAUACGUGUCUCUGUCAGCAAACCAGCAAGGCACUUUAAAGUUGUCCCUAUCGGACCAACACGUGGAAGGUAGUGCGUGUUGGUUCCAGCUUGAGCAUCCCCAGGUACAUACUCAAGCAAAUGACAACCAUGCUUCAAAUACAUCGCCUGACGCAUUUCAUGAGGUGCACAUCAGUAUGAAAGCGAUGCAAAAUGUUUUUAGCUGUGCAUCUAUGGCGAAAUCGACUGUUGCUUGCAUAUGUGCAGGCUACUGUGUUGUGUUUUACGUAUAUAUAUCAGGGGCAUCUCAGCAUCGUUCAAUCCACCAGACCAAUGGACCGCAGCAAGUCCGCGGUGUUGUAAACUUCAAGUUCAAAUUCCACCAACCUGAAGCUGUGUCCCUUUUGAGAUAG